AUGUUACUUGUCAUAUUGUUGGGCGCUGUCGUCAAUGGGGUGAUUCCCUUCGAACGCUCCAUUGCUGAAAUUAAUGAAAUGCAUAACGUUCAUCAUCUACUCUACCAAGGCGACAUUUUGCUGACACCUGAGCAUGCGGAACAGAUUGCUAGAGCCACAAACGGAGGGGAUCGUGAGGAAGGACAACGCAUGAAACGUCAAGCCAGUGCAUUCAAGAAAAUGCCGUCAAAACUUUGGUUAGAAGGAGUGAACUACCACUUCGCGACAAGCAUCAAGGAUAACAUUAGGAACGCAUUCGCUAAAGCAGCAAAGCUAUGGGAAAGCAACACCUGUAUCAAUUUCACAGAAAAUCCUUCAGCUAAUGCCCGAGUGAGGGUGUUUUCUGGACAAGGAUGUUAUUCCUAUGUAGGCAAACUCAAGGAACGCGGCGAACAGCUGAUGUCUUUGGGAUACAAUUGCGCUACGUUAGACAUUGUUGCGCACGAAAUCGGUCACACUCUUGGAUUUAUUCAUACCCAUUCACGACACGACCGUGACAACUUUAUCAAAGUUAAGACGGAAAAUAUUGCGGUAAAUUCU